GACAGUUCAAAUUUUGCCCGCUUGGUGUCGAAACAAAACAACAAGUCGGUAAAUGGCAUUUAGCAUCUAUUUUCCAAGGCAAAGUGAUCAAAGGAAGCCAUUGUAAGAUUGAUACAUUGCUGAGAUGGCAGCGUUGUCUGUGGGUGAUGAUGAUGAUGACAUGAUGAGCGGGGUGGGGCCGCUCAGUAGUGUGCCCAGCUCUCCUGCCGCCCCUCGGCACUUCAGCAGCCCCGCACAACAACAUCAACAACAACAACAUGGGAGAAAACAACAACAACGUGCAGCUGACAGCCUAAGCCCGAUCACCACAAACACAGACAUGAGUCCCAGUCUCACAGUGGUGUCCACUGCGACCAGUCAUCAGUCAGCCAGAUAUCCACAUGUGGAGUCAUUCCUGUCUACAACUGAGACUCCCUCCACUUUCAUCAGAGAGAUGGAAGGGGUCAGGAACAGUCUGCAGAAUAUGCUGAAGUUGGGCCAGGCUAUGGCAGAUAGAGACAGUUUUGAUCGGGUGGAAGGUCUGGGCCUGCUGACAGCUGACAGACAUGACAGGAAGGAGGCAGACGAGUCUUUUGACAGUGCGACAACCACUCAACUCCUAACUGCAAAACCAGUCCUGGUGUCACAAGAUGUUUCGCCCGUGUCAGUGGACAGUGGAAUGCACACCGCCCGGGGCCAGUGGUCAAGCAGAGUGGACGGGGAACUGGCGUCCGAGCGGCGUAACAGUCGGUCCGAGUCCCUGUAUGUGGAGAACCAGAUACUACGGGACAGCGUGGAGAGGGAACGUUUCAGACGCAAGCAUUGUGAGCAACAAAUCCAAGAGCUCCAGAGUAAGAUUCUGGAACUGCAGCAGCAACUGGCCGUAGCUGUCUCCACUGACAAAAAGAAAGAUGUCAUGAUUGAACAACUUGAUAAGACCCUUGCUAAAGUUGUGGAGGGCUGGAAGAAACAGGACACAGAGAAAGCUGAACAGAUCAGAAAGCUGAGAGAGGAGAAGUAUGCCAUAGAGAAGGGACAUUCCAGACAACAGGAGGUGUUGAUGAACUUUGAGAAGGAUCUUGCUCAAGCCGUGGAACAGCUGGCCAUAGAGCAGCAGAGGGCCAGCAUGGCUGAACAGGAGAAAGUUGCUCAGUUUCAAAAGCAGCAGGAGGAGAAAGCCAAGACCCUGGACCUUCUGCAGGGAGAGAGGGAGAAAGCCAUAAGGGUGGAGUCUGAGAGGGACCAGCUACUCCAGCACAGGGAGGAACUACAGAGGGAAGUGGACAACUUUAAACACAUGCUGGAAAUGGAAAGAAAUGCCUUUAGCAUUAAAGAGGAAGAACUGCAGAAACAACUGGAUGUGCUGACAGAAAAACAUCAAGAUCAAGAAAAGGCUGCUGUCCAUGCUGAGUCUCAGAAGGCCCAGGAACACCAGAAGGCUCUGUCCUCAGCACACAACGAAAUCAGCCAGCUGAAAAUGGAACUGAACGCAGCUGACAGAGACAAGGAGAAUCUGAAGAUGGAGUUGAGUCUCCAGGAGGCAAGGUUUGAAGCCAGUCAGAGUAAACUGGAGUCAGAGUACCAGGCUGAACAGGAGAGGAAGAUGAGCCAGCAGCUAGCGGAGGCCCAUGAUCAGCUGACACAGACGGAGGAGAAGCUGAGAGAGCAGCACAGACGACAGAUCCAGGAGGUGGCAGACAGACACAGGCAGGACCUGGACAAACACAUGAGACAGUUUCACCAGGAGCUGGAACAGAAGGACAACAAACUCAGGGAGACAUGUCAGGACUACGACGACAGGAUCUCAGAGUUCAGAGAGAAGAUGUCUACCCUGAGCCGUGAGAAUGAGAAACUGGAGAGCCAGAGAAACGCCAUGAAGACCAGACUCCAGGCUCUGAUCCAGUCCCACGUGAAGGAGGCCAUGCUACUGCUGUCUGAUGUCACGUCAGAUGUGCUGGCCACCUCUGCUGAGCCUCCAGUCAGCAGUACAUUUCGACUUGGUGCACAGAGUGGGAAUAAUACAACAGCAACAACAAGAUCAGCACUAGGUCUCAGCCUGGGACCUUCCAUGUUCUCUGUCAAUGGCAUGGAGGCUCCUGGGAACUUUAAAAAACAUGAUGACAAUCAGAAGCUCAGCUUUUCAACCCUCCUAAAAUCUGUUGGUGCUGAAAGAUUAGCUGUUCAAGAUCAGGAAAAACCUGAACCGUUUGCUGCACAGACUAUGGACAGUAUAACACAAGAGGACAGACAGGCCACAACAAAGGCGCACGGGGAUAUCAUUAAACAGGGGGAGAGACAGACCACGGCAGAGGUGCACAGACACACCACUGCACCAGGGGAGAGACACACCACUGCACCAGGGGAGGGGCAGGCCAAUGAUACAGCUCUGUACACCCAGGUGGAGACAGGACCUGACACACAUGUCACCUGGAGCCCAGAGUCAGCCACUGGUGCUGAGACUGUCGGCUACACUGAGCAGGACAUUGAUGACGGGGCCAGCAUCUUGUCAACUGAACCUACAAGACGAAUGGUGGAGAGUCAGUAUGAACCACUGCUGGAAAAGUUCAACCACCACGAGACCAAACAGUCUGAACUGCAACACUACGUGGAACUGCUGUUACAGCAGUCACCAGGAGGAUAUGUCGACAUGUUUCCCAGUCAGGAAAGGCCCGUACAGGAACAUGGACAUCCAACAGAUAUGCAGACAGGACCGUCCAGUUUGGCCUUCCUCCCACCAGAGACUGUAGACUCCCCUCCCACAUCUGCCAGGACUCAACAGGUUGAUGUCCAGGCAGUUGUUCCAAGUUCCCUCCAGUUCACCAACCGGUACAUUCCCCAGCAGCCUGUACCAGGCCCUGCAGACAGCCUUGUUCACAGCGUACCAGACAAAGACAGCCUAGAUCCCCAGCCACCACAGCAGGCUCCUACCCUCAACACCCGUCCACCCCUCAGUGCCGAAUGGCUGGCAGAACUCCGGACACAACAGCCAAGCUCCCAGCCUAACAACCGUCCUAUACAGAGAGAUACACAUGCAGAAACCGACACACACUCGAGUACCGGCAGUCAAAAUUUUAUUUCUAGAAACGUCCCUGUCCCUGCUAUAAAAAGCAGGCUCCCAUCGACACAGAUUGGCCCUAGAGUCUCUCACAGCUACCCUCCAAUGAUGGCCAGUAGUCCCAAAGUGUCUGUGCCAGUGUCCAACAGCCGUAGAGGAACGCCCAGUAAGGAUAGACAUGUAGGACUGAGUGCGGUGACCAGGGUCCUGCCUACAGAGAGAGUGGAGGGGCACCAGGCACCUGUCAUUCAGAGAACAAAGGUUCCUGCAGGCAUGACACAGCAGGCAGGGGGAAAGAACCCACUUGGACCAUCAGAAACUGUACCCCUCCAACAGCCGGCUUGGCCCACUGACCCUGCCGUAGUACAGGAGCUGCUGAACAUGUACGCCAACAGGACUGGUCAGGGAUAUCUGACCGCUAACACAAGUGGACAUCAUGUCAGUUUUGCUGCUCCGUCACAAACCUCUGAUCUAUCCUCAUCAAGAGGUCCUGCCAGGGUGAAGCGCAGUUUGAGUGCCAGUUUUUCUCAAGGGGAACCCAGUCAACUUGAUGUAGAGAACAAAGACGGCAGAGCACAGUCUACCAGCAAAGUCCCUCCCAGAACCACCAGGACUGGGAAGACUCAGGUAGUCAAACCCACACAGACAAAGAAGCCGGAGAGGAAGGUAGCAGCCGGACAUAAAGGAGACAAGAAGUCAGCUUCAGCUUGGAGAUGAGGCUGCUGGGAAUAAUCAAUUUUAUUUUUUUAUCACCUUUGGGCCUUGGAAUAUUUUCCAUAUUUUUUAUCUGAUUAUUGAAGAUAAAUACUUGGAAAACAGUUUUGAUGGAAGGAAAAACCUGUGAUAAAGUUUCGGCCAAAACGGUUCUGAGGAAAACUGAUGAGUUAAUCCAUAGAUAUUGAAAAGCAGGUUACACCUAACUACUCAAUCAUACAUAUUUAUGCUUGAAAGUAAGUGUUUUUAAGGCCUCCAAGUGUGAAUCUGUAUGCUCACAUCUUGCUUAUCCGAAUUUGUAAAUGCUGUAUCAACAACUUCUCAUGGCUUUGUUUAAUUAAAAAGAAAACAGAUGUUUAAGAUUAUGGUUGUAUUAUGUUAUCAAGGAAGCAGAAAGAUAAACAAUAGAGUGACAAUGUAUUUGUCGUGCAAAUAUUAGCUUAGAGUUGGUCAAGUUCUGAACUGUGAAACAGAUUUUUAGUGGAGAGUCUUUGUGAUUUUUUUAAAAGCUUGUUUCUACUAUUGAUAAUCGUAAAGUUGUAACCACAAUAUGCUUGAAGCAUUUUUUUAAAUCUAAGAUUGUCCAUAGUAUGUCCUUUUUUUCAUUUGUAGUUAUUAAUGAUUUUACCGGUAUUUACUAGAAGUACAGUGUUUUGGUUUACUUUAAUACAUGCAUGGCAUGUAUAAUGUUUGUAUAUAUCAAAACCAGUCUAUAAUUUGCCAUAUGUAGCUAUUGUACUAUGCCAUAUCUUAGCCAGGCACUGUUUUGUAUGUUUAUAACACUAUCUUACAGCCAUUAAAAAGAUUGAAUACUA